AAAGGUAAUGAUUGCUCCGCCGAGACUUUCACCAUCCCCUUCCCCUCUCUUUCCCGUUGCAAAUCACCACUUUUUCUUCCUUCGCCUGCAAAUAUUUUUACCAACAAGCGCAAAAGGUGCUCCGGUUGUUGGCUUUCUCUGAAGGGCAUGAGUGCAGGAUGCUGCCAGAGCAAUUUGCUAGUGGGGUUGACUUUGGAGGAUAUACCGAGGGGUUUUCACUUGGGCUUUGAACUUUCCCUUAUUGGAUCAAUCAUGGCAUCUUGAAUGUCUACCGACAUCCAUACGCUGCUAUCUGGACGAUUCAUUUCAGGGGCUGAUUUAGAAGGGAAAGAACCAGUGGAAGGAGACAAGACGACCCUUUUUUUUCAUCUUCUGGGCAGGGGUUUGAAGGGUUUAAGGAAACAAAAAUUCUGGUUUGUGGUUGUUCUCGACAUGAAGGGCUCGAAAGAGUUGCGGGGCUGAAAUUUAGCAUUUCGUGGUGUCUUCUUCUCCUUGUUAGUGGGGAGCAAAAUGGCUUGUAUGAAAUUGGGGUCCAAAACUGAUUCAUUCCAGAGGCAAGGGCAGGCUUGGUUCUGUACAACCGGCCUUCCCAGUGAUGUCGUUGUCGAAGUGGGUCAAAUGUCCUUUCAUCUUCACAAGUUCCCUCUCCUCUCUAGAAGCGGCUUAAUGGAAAAAUUGAUCUCUGAGGCAUCUGCAUCAUUGGAGAAACAAGAUCAAAAAUGUGUUAUAAACCUUUCAGAUAUCCCUGCUGGACCCAGAACGUUUGAGCUGAUAGCCAAAUUCUGUUAUGGAGUCAAACUUGAACUCACGGCUUCUAAUGUUGUUCCAUUACGAUGUGCUGCUGAGCACCUUAUAAUGUCUGAGGAGUAUGGAGAAGGAAACCUCAUUGCCAAGACUGAAACUUUUCUGAACCAAACAGUCGUUAAAAGUUGGAGAGACUCUUUAAGGGCACUGCAAAGUUGUGGUGAUGAAGAUAUUCUUCCUUAUGCAGAUGAGCUCAACAUCACAGAUAGGUGCAUCAUGUCACUGGCUGCAAAGGCCUUGACUGACCCAAAUAUAUUUGGUUGGCCUGUAGUGGAGCUCGGUGGGCCUCCGCAGAGCCCAGGAGGGAGUGUCUUAUGGAAUGGUAUUAGCACUGGAGCCCGGCCUAUGAACUUGAGCUCGGGUUGGUGGUAUGAGGAUGUAUCAGGUCUGAGCCUGCCGAUUUAUAAGAGGUUGAUUCUUGCCAUGGAGUCUCGAGGCAUAAGGCCUGAGGUCAUCACAGGCUCCCUCGUUUCCUACACAAGGCAGUACCUUCCUGGGCUCAACCGCCAUCAGGACUCUACCAACCUGAAGUCUGAUCAUCGUCCAGGCCUAAGCCCGUCCCUUCCGGAAGAGGCCCAGAAGGCUCUGCUCGAAGAGAUUGGCCAGUUACUUCCCAUGCAGAAGGGCCUCAUUCUCAUCCCCACCAAGUUCUUGUUUGGUCUUUUGCGAACCGCCAUAAUUCUCAGGGCAAGCUCUUCUUGCACAUCAAACCUAGAGAAGCGAAUCGGGGCCCAGCUUGAUCAGGCAACCUUGGAGGAUCUCCUGAUCCCAACAUUCUCGUACUCCACGGAGACACUUUAUGAUGUCGACUGCAUGCAGAGGAUCCUUGAGCACUUCCUAGCCUCUAACCAAACUACAGGUGGGCCGCAGACAUCUCCCAGUUCCGGGGAUGAAGAUCAUUUGAUCGGCUCACCUGCUUCUCUUACUCCCGUGACGAAGGUGGCAAAGCUUGUCGAUGGUUACCUUGCAGAGGUUGCAUCAGAUGUCAACUUGAAGUUGCCCAAGUUUCAGGCUCUUGCUGCGGCCAUUCCCGAGCACGCGAGACCGUAUGAUGAUGGACUUUACCGUGCUAUUGAUAUUUAUCUCAAGUCACACCCAUGGCUAUCAGAGUCUGAAAGGGAACAACUCUGUCGCCUGAUGGAUUGUCAGAAGCUCUCUAUCGAGGCGUGCACCCACGCAGCACAGAACGAGCGCUUGCCCUUGAGAAUAAUCGUACAAGUCCUCUUCUUUGAGCAGCUCCAGCUCAGGACCUCGAUAGCGGGGUGCCUCCUUGUCUCUGACAACCUCGACCAGUCCCGGCCCCUGAGGAGCGGGCCCAUCCCAGGGGCCACCGAGGGUGGGUGGGCCACCGCGGUGCGGGAGAACCAGGUUCUGAGGGUCGGGAUGGACAGUAUGAAGAUGCGAGUGGCAGAGCUCGAGAAGGAGUGCGAGAGCAUGAAGCAGGAGAUUGAGAAGCUGGGUCGGGUGAAGAACGAUAACAAUACAAGCAGUGGCAUGGGCAUAGGCGGUAGAACUUGGGGGAAUGUGACGAGGAAGUUCGGGUUCAAGAUGAAGUCUCAGAUGUGCAGUGCUGAAGAAGAGUUUGCGAGCGAGCAGCAGGGUAAGGGGAAAGGGCAGGUUGAGAAGGUUAAGGCGGGGAAAGGGCAGGUUGAGAAGAUUAAGGAGGGGAAUGGAGGAAGAGAUCAGCAAAAUAAAAGGUUGUCCCUUGAAAGGGAAAGGUAACAAUUGUGCAUUUCUUAUUUGGGCUUUUUUGGCUUUUCAUUUUCAUUUUUUUUGGCGAUUUGCUGUAGAUGUCAAUUCUUUGUAGCUCCUUUCAACUAUGCGUUGGACUAAUUGGUUGAAAAAUAAUAGUUGGUGUGUGGGCGUGUGUGUUUGUGAAUUUCAUGGGUACAUUCGUUUGUGUCUUGGAUUUGUGUGGAAAUUUCCCACGUUAGAAGAACAAAUGGCUUACUUCAGCA